GCGGGCGCCGCCGCGCGCGGCGCCGGGAGGCCCGCCGGCCGCGCGCCGGCGGCGCGGCGCGACUCCUCGGCGAGCUCCAGCUCGUCGGGGUCCAGCAGCGGGGAGGAGGCGCCCCCCGGCAGGCGGGGCGCGCCCGUGCCGCUGGACUGCUGCGCCGGGUGCCGCAAGCCGAUCACGGGCAGGUUCGUCAAGGCGGGCGGCGCCGAGUUCCACGAGGGCUGCUUCGCCUGCGGCUCGUGCAGCAGGCCCAUCGACGGCUCUUACGUGCUUGCCAAGGACGGCAGCUUUCUGUGCCGCGGGUGCCAGCCCAGGUGUCCUCUCUGCAUGGAGCCCCUCGCUGGCAGCAGCGUAAUAAAGCUCGAUGGGCGGAAGAUCCACUCCGCGUGCUUCCGGUGCAGCGACUGCAAGUCCAACAUCUCCGGCGGGCACUUCAAGGUCGCGGAGUUCGUGUACCGCUGCACCAGCUGCCACAAAGCCGCGUGGCAGGCGCGCGAGAACAGGAAGGACGCCCACGCGGCCUCGCAGCAGCGGCACCUGAAGCGGCAGAACACCUCGAAGUUCCGGCUCGCGUGGCGCGGGGAGCUGGUGCCCAGCUCGGUGGAGGCGCUCUCUGCCUUGGGCGUGCCGCCGCAGCUCCGCCCACGAGGCGAACUCGUGUGCAUCUGCCACGACGCCAGGUCCAACCGGGUGGCCUGCGCCCCCUCCCCGGGCGGCGCCCCCGAGAGCGCGGUGAACGUUUCCUACCUGGCCUGCGCGCUCAAGGUGCUGGGCGAGUACGGGCGUGAGCCGUCCUUCUCCCUAGACCCGAAGGACCCGCACAGCAUCAGCGGCGAGACGCAGGUGAAGGUGUUCUACCCGCCGUGGUUGGCGGCCACCGUCGUGGGGGAGGUGCUCUUCCAGGCCGACUACGCGCUCAAGGAGGUCUGCCUGGGCGAUCGGGCACUGCCCGGCAUCCCCAACGCCUUCGGCGAGCUGACGGACGCUGGCGAAGAGAAGGCGACGCCCGAGGACGGCCACGUGUCGCGCACCUCGGGGGUCGCCGUGCGCGGAGCCACGCGUCACCAAUUCAGGUGGACCACUCUGCCCCGAGAAGCCGCGCGCCGUGGUGUGGUGGUGGUGGCCGCCUGCGGCCACCCAUGGGGCCUCCAGGAGAACCCGGGCGCUGUGUGUUGGGCAUAG